AUGCUGGGAGCGGCGAUCAGCCCGGCAGACGGUGGUGUGCACGUGGAUGCAAAAUUGAGCAUCGACGACAUGCCCGCGUCACAGGUCCUCGACUUUAGGCGGUGUAUAUGCAUUAUUGGUGCAACCUACUUCUUUGUGAUGACAACCUUUGUCGUGCCGAUCGCCUGCUUUACCACAUGUGUCCUCAUUUUAAUGCCGUUGAUGUUUAUUAAUAUGAAACUAUUCAACAAGCUGGAGAACGCGCUCUGCAAGCUUGUCAACGACCACUGGGUAACCACGGCUUAUUACUGCGGACUGGAAAUCCGCGAAUACGGGACAAACGUCGCGAAUUACGUGAACGACAAAUGCCUUUACCUUGCCAACCACCUUGGUCUCAUCGAUCAUUUUAUUGUGAUGACCGCGCUGCACACUUGUGGAAAUGUUUCUGGCAGUUGGAUGUGGGUCAUCUACAAUAUUUGGAAAUUCACCCCGCUAGGCGCCAUGUGGAUCUUGCAUGGAAAUUUCUUUGUCAACGGCGGUUUAAAUCAGCGCAUUAAACUGCUAAAGACCUUCAAGGAGCACUUGAAAAAGUACUUCGCCAGGCACAACUACAGCUGGGUCGUAAUGUACCCCGAGGGUUCGAGGUUCUACUUGAUUCGCGAGAGUGCGGCUGCUUUUGCGAAGAAAAUGGGAUUGAAACCGCUGCAACACUGUGCGUAUCCUAGGACAGGAGCUGCUCAUGCUGUUAUGGAAGUUUUGGCACCUUCGAAAGAAAAUCCAUCGGUUGCCCGAAUUGGUGAGGGCGAGCCGAUCAAGUACAUCAUUGACGCUACGCUUGGAUACCCGAAAGGCACCGUCAUGGAUUUGGCGUCGGCCAUCAUGGGGGAUUUCCCUAAUAACGACCCAUCUAUCGCCAUCCACCACGAGGUGAUCCCGGUUGAUCCGGCUUGGGCGGAUGAGGAGCGGUUGCAGGAAUUUUUAUAUGAACGCUACCAAAAGAAAAACGAACUUCUCGACGAGUUCUACCGUACCGGCCAUUUCCCGGGUGCGCGGCGCGGUGUGGUAAAUGUGAAUGGAUGGACGAUGUUGAAGGCUCAGCUGUUCUGGGCCGGCGCCUACUACCUCCACUACAUCAUCUGGAUGCGGCCCAUCUGGCAAAUGCUCAUUGCCUCGAUCUUC